AUGCCGUUAGUGAAUCACGUUGAGCCGUACGUGCCCGGUACGAUUCCGUUUAGCCAGUACCUGGAGCAGAUGGAAUGGAUCUUCAUCGACAACAAGAUGGCGGAUCCGGAUGAACAAAAAGCAUCGUUUUUGGCGGCAUGCGGCAAAGAAGUUUACAGCGAAUUGAAGCUUCUGUUUCCCGGAAAGGAUUUGAAGACAGUGUCAUUCAAGGAGAUUACGGAUGCGUUGAAGAAGCGAUACGACAAGACAGAGAGCGACAUGAUCCAGCGUUACAAGUUUUAUCAACGAGUCCAAGGUUCUACCGAAAGUGCGGAGGAUUUCAUCCUAGCUGUGAAGCUGCAAGCGGAGAUGUGUGAGUUUGGCGAGUUCAAGGACAUCGCAAUCCGCGACAAGCUUGUGUGUGGAAUUCGCGACCCGGAUGUACAACAGCGUUUGUUUGAUGAGGAAGGUUUGACGCUAGCCAAGGCGGAGAAGAUCAUCAUCAACAGAGAGUUAGCUGGAGCGAACCGAAAGCUAGUUUCUCGUGAAUCCGGUCGAGUGAGUGUUUUAAACAGGCUUGGAAAGCGACAAGAGCCAGCAGUUUCACGUGGUGGAUACCGUAGUAGGAGUCGGAGCCGUGGAGCAAGCAAGCGGUACAGGAGCCGUAGUCCAGUUUCAUCUAACCGUGGAAAUCGUUCUUCAUCCCGAUCACGGAAGUUUCACUGUAGUUUCUGUGGCAGAGAUGGUCACAUGCGUCGCUUCUGCUACGACCUGAAGAACAAAGAGAAGAAAUCUGUGAAGUUUGUGGAUUCUCUUGCAGAAAAACCGAAGAUGACGGAGUACCAGAAGAGUUUACGUCGGCGGUUGAACAGAUCUGUCUCGGACGAUGAGGACAUGGAGUGCUUGAUGAUCUCUUCCAUCGGCAAAAUCAACGAGCCGUGUUUCCGAUCAGUGUUGGUCAAGGGGAUUCGUCUGGACAUGGAGAUAGACUGUGGAGCUGCAGUUUCCGUAGUCAGCAAGGACACCUACGAGGGAGAAUUCGCCGAUAUUCCGAUGCAGAAGUGUACCAAGAAGUUAGCAGUGAUCAACGGAAGUCGUUUGGUGGUCGAAGGACAGAUUCCAGUGCAGGUGGAGUUGAACGGACGUCGGAAGUUCGUCAAACUAGUUGUUUUGCGCUGUGGGAGCUCGUUCACACCGUUACUUGGACGAGAUUGGCUGGACAUCUUUUUUCCGGAAUGGAGGAGUGCGUUCGGCAGUAGUUCAAACCUGAAUCAGCUGUCGUUGCCGAUGUCGGAAGAACGUGUCGUGGACGAUAUCAAGGGUUUUGAGGCGGAUCUAGUGUUGAAGAAAGGAGCAUCACCGAUUUUCAAACGUGCGUAUGACGUUCCAUUGCGUUUAAAGGACAAGGUUGUUGAACAUUUGGACAGUUUGGAGAAAGAUGGCGUCAUAACACCGAUCGAUGCAAGCGAGUGGGCAUCGCCGGUGAUCGUUGUAGUGAAGAAAGACGGUGGUAUCAGGAUGGUGAUCGACUGCAAGGUUUCGAUCAACAAGGUGAUCAUUCCGAACACCUAUCCGCUGCCGUUGACACAGGAUAUGUUUGCUUCACUAGCCGGUGCUAAAGUUUUUUGUUCAUUAGAUCUUGCCGGAGCGUAUACACAGUUAAUGUUGUCGAAAAAGUCUAGGAAAAUUAUGGUGAUUAAUACGAUCAAAGACUUCUUCUACUUCGACAAAAAGGUUUUCCUGGUCAUUGUGGACAGUUUUUCUAAAUGGUUGGAAGUUGAAUACAUGAAGUUUGGAACAGAUGCCAGGAAAGUCAUUUCAAAGUUUAUGAGCGUUUUCGCUAGGUUUGGGUUACCUGACGUAGUUGUUACAGAUGGCGGACCACCGUUUAGUUCGAAAGAGUUUAUAGUUUUCUUCGAAAAACAUGGAGUGAAGGUGAUGAAGAGUCCACCGUACUCGGACUGA